AUGAAAUUAUUUGAGGGUCAAGAAUAACCAAAGCUCAAAUUGAAAAUAAAUAAGAAGUAUGCAGAGAAGUAUUAAAAGAAAAAGGAAAGGGAAUUAUUGGAUAAGAAAGGAGAAAUUCUAGAUUAAGAAGAAAGUAGCGAAGAUUAGAUUCCAGAAGACGAAAAUGGAGAUUUGAUUAAUGACAAAGUAACUUAAAAGUUCAUAGAAACUCUUGCAAAAAUAAGGUAUAAACAUCCAGAUAUUUAUAAAAAUAAAGAGAUAUUUUAAGAGGAAGAUUUUGAUGAACCUGAAAUCAGAGAUUAAAAGCAAAAGAAGGUCACUUAUGCGGAACUCUAAGGGUAGGGAGUCAAAGAUGAAUAAGAGGAAUUAGAAGAAGAAGAAUACGAACCAAAUAUAGGCAUGACUCCUAAUGAAGAAUAAAUCUAAUUGAAAAAGGCUUUUAUAGAAGCAGCUAAGAAUACACCUAAAUAACAGAAGGACUUACUAAAAGUAAAAUAAAAGACAGUACAAGAAAUAGAGGAUGAAAAUAAGGAAUUUGAAAAGCUAUUAAAAAAAUAGAAGCCUGAAGAGUAAGAUAUAUUAUAAAGGUUUUGGGGAAAUGAAGAGGAGUUGGAUGAGAAGGAUAAAUUCCUAAGGAAAUAUAUAUUAACAAAAGGGUGGAUUGAUAAAGAUGACAUGAAUGAGAUUAUUGAUUCAUCUGAAGACGAAGAGAAAAUGGAUGAGUUUGAAGAAAAAUACAAUUUUAGAUUUGAAGAAGAGGGAGGAAAUCAAUUGAUCACUUAUGAAAGAGAUUUAAAGGAUACAUUGAGAUAGGAACCAGAAACGGCAAGACAUAGAUAGAGAUUAGCAAANUUAAGGACUUAUUAAAAGAAAAGGAUCCUGAAUUUUUUCAAUUGUGUUCAACAAAUUUUAUACUUUUUUAACAGGGAGAUGCCAAUGAUAAUAAUUCUGCUUGGACAAAAUGUUAUAUGUUAUCUGAGAAUUUAAAAAGUUAUUUAUUUUCUUUGGGAUUUAUUGUUGAUGAUGUAAAUCUUGAAAAUAUCUUAAAAGAAACUUAUUUAUAUUAAGAAAAAAAUAGCAAAGAUAAAUAUUAAUUGGAUUUGGAUGCAGCUUAUUUUAGUGUUUAUUUAUCCUUUAAAUUGAUUUAUCCUGAUUGUGAUAAACUGUUGGAGGUUGUAAAGUUUUUCUCAGAUUCGGAAACAAAUUUAAUUGAAGUAUCCACAGCGAAAAUAGUAUUAAAUAAAAUGAUGGAUGAAAAGUAGAUUAAUAAUGUUUUUAAAUGGCCAGAUUCCUCUAUCAAAUAUGAUUAAUUAUUUAAAGUGUUAACUUUGUUACCUUAUUGA